UAUUAGGAGAACUGCUUUGUGGAUUAGUCGCUACAAACCCAUUUUGGUAUAUGCCUGCCCGGGGUCAGCAAAUAUGUUUUCCAGGUUCUGUGGCACGUGGGACAUGAUCAGCAAUGUCAACUUUGAGGGCUACAUGAUUGCAUUAGAUAUUAACCCUUGCUUGAGGCCGAUUGCUUUGAAAUUGAAACUGAAGAAAGUGAUUGAUCAGCAGGGCGACCAGUACAUCAUCAAAACAUGCAGCGUCUUGCGAAACUACACCCUCUCCUUCACAGUGUCCCAAGAGUUUGAGGAGUUCACAAUGGGGUUAGACAACAGGCACAUGAAGACACUGGUGACCUGGGAGGGAAACAAGCUGGUCUGUCAACAAAGUGGUGAGAAGAAGAACAGAGGAUGGAUUCACUGGAUUGAAGAGGACAAGCUUCACCUGGAGAUGUUUUGCGAAGGACAAAUCUGCAAGCAGGUUUUCAAGAGAAGCUUCAGUGGUUGAAGUUCAUCAAGAUCCGAACAAGGGAUAAGAACAAGAGUGUGGGGUAUAGUGAAGUCUUAAGAAAUUUACUUUCAUUUUAUAAUUAAUUGAAGACUUCCUUGUAAGGACAUGUGUUUCACCACAAGAGAGCAACCUUUGCCCUUGGAUAAUGUUUGUCCAAUUUAGCAACAUGGUUCUGGAGUUCAGCAUUAUUGCUUGCCUCCAAUCAGACGAUUUUGUUUGGUUCAACUGAAGCUUCAUGAGACGAUCGUGAGAUUAAACAUUUUCUUUAUCAACGCACUUUAACCCAGGGGCUUUCAAAAGGUUUCAAGGUGUUUGCUAAUCCCAAACUGUUAACUCGUCCACAUAAGGUUUGAUUGAUUGACUGAGACUUUUAUUAGUAAAUGGCACAGUACAGUACAAUUGAGGUUUUUCCACUUGUUUAAGUCGGGGUCCACGUUAAGCAAUUCAUGGCAAGGAGCCAAAAAGAAAUUAAUUUUGCAUUUGUUUUUCUUCAUUUUUGUUUUCUCUUUCUUUAUUUUUUUUAUGCUGCGCCUUCCCUGAAAUCUUGUGUAGGCCCCCCACAGGGGUUAAAAAUAUAUGCUCCAGUUUAUGUGUAAAUGAUACAAAUUAUGGAUGAUCAUAUCAAAUGUGUUUGCUAAACUGUGGCAGACUCCAUCUAGUUGUACGCGAAAGAACCACUUAAUUAAAGUACAGUGUUUUAUUGUACUGUAUUCAAACACAGUGUCACUGUUAAAACUGUGUGUAGUGCUACAGUGGCCAGAAUAUUAAAUAUAUUUGUUAAGUAAAA